GCAUCGCCGAGGUGUUCCGAUGCUUCAUUUGUAUGGAGAAGCUGCGCGAUGCGCGGCUCUGCCCUCACUGCUCCAAGCUGUGCUGCUUCAGCUGCAUUCGGCGUUGGCUGACAGAACAAAGAGCUCAGUGCCCUCAUUGUAGAGCUCCACUGCAGCUCCGAGAGCUCGUCAACUGUCGCUGGGCAGAGGAGGUCACGCAGCAGCUCGAUACGCUUCAACUGUGCAGCCUCACAAAGCAUGAAGAAAAUGAGAAAGACAAGUGUGAAAAUCAUCACGAAAAGCUCAGUGUGUUCUGCUGGACCUGUAAGAAGUGCAUCUGCCACCAGUGUGCGCUCUGGGGAGGAAUGCAUGGAGGACAUACUUUUAAGCCACUGGCAGAAAUAUAUGAACAACACGUCACAAAAGUGAACGAAGAAGUGGCAAAGCUUAGGAGAAGACUCAUGGAACUGAUCAGUUUAGUGCAAGAAGUGGAGAGGAACGUGGAGGCCGUGCGUAGUGCAAAGGAUGAACGAGUUCGGGAGAUCAGGAAUGCAGUGGAGAUGAUGAUUGCCCGGCUGGACACUCAGCUGAAGAAUAAGCUCAUAACACUGAUGGGUCAAAAGACAUCUCUUACCCAAGAAACUGAACUCCUGGAAUCCCUGCUUCAAGAAGUGGAACAUCAGUUACGGUCGUGCAGUAAGAGUGAGCUGAUAUCCAAAAGUUCAGAGAUCCUGAUGAUGUUCCAGCAGGUUCACCGGAAGCCUAUGGCCUCAUUUGUCACUACUCCUGUUCCUCCUGACUUCACAAGUGAAUUGGUUCCAGCCUAUGACUCAACUACUUUUGUAUUGGAAAACUUUAGUACAUUGCGUCAGCGAGCAGAUCCUGUUUACAGCCCACCUCUUCAAGUGUCAGGACUUUGUUGGAGGUUAAAAGUUUACCCAGAUGGAAAUGGAGUCGUACGGGGCUACUACCUGUCUGUGUUCUUGGAGCUGUCAGCUGGCUUGCCAGAGACAUCCAAGUAUGAGUACCGCGUAGAAAUGGUUCACCAGUCCACCAACGAUCCCACUAAAAACAUAAUUAGAGAGUUUGCCUCUGAUUUUGAAGUUGGAGAAUGCUGGGGUUACAACAGAUUCUUUCGUCUAGACUUGUUAGCCAACGAAGGCUAUUUGAACAGACAGAAUGACACUGUGAUCCUAAGGUUUCAGGUGCGCUCACCAACCUUCUUCCAGAAGUGUCGAGAUCAGCACUGGUAUAUUGCUCAGCUGGAAGCUGCCCAGACAAGUUACAUCCAGCAAAUAAAUAAUCUCAAAGAAAGGCUCGCAAUUGAACUUUCCCGGACUCAGAAGUCACGAGGCAUUUCACCUCCAGACACUCACCUCAGUCCCCAGAAUGAUGAUGGACAAGAAACAAGAUCAAAAAAGUCUGGACCAAGCACUGAAGCACUGCUUGAGAAUGUUGCUGCUCCGGGGUUAGUGCGAGAUAACAAGGAAGAGGAUGAAGAGAAGAUACAGCAUGAAGACUUCAGUCAUGAACUCUCUGAUGGUGAUUUGGAUGUAGAUCUUGCUGGAGAAGACGAAGUGAACCACCUUGAUGGCAGCAGCUCCUCAGCUAGUUCAACAGCAACCAGCAACACUGAAGAGAAUGAUAUUGAUGAAGAAACUAUGUCUGGAGAAAACGAUGUGGAAUACAGUAAUAAUAUGGAGUUGGAGGAAGGAGAUCUCAUGGAAGAUGCAGCAGCUGCUGCUGCUCCUGGGGCAUCAGGUACCAGCCAUGGCUACACCAGUGCAAGUGGAAGACCUUCAAGGCGAGGAGGAAGUGCCCUGGGCUCAGCAGCUAGCAGCAGUUUACUAGAUAUUGAUCCCUUGAUUUUAAUCCACCUGUUGGAUCUAAAAGACAGAAAUGGUAUGGAGAACCUCUGGGGCCUCCAGCCACGUCCACCUGCCUCUCUUCUACAGAACAGAGCAUCAUCAUACUCCCUAAAAGAUCGAGACCUGCGGAGGCACCAGGCCAUGUGGCGCGUGCCGCCUGACUUGAAGAUGCUGAAGAGACUUAAAACUCAGAUGGCUGAAGUACGAAGCAAAAUGUCUGACGUAAAAAACCAACUAUCAGAAGUAAGGAGCAGCAAUGCUGGCUCAUGCGAUGGGCAGCCCAACUUCUUCUCCAUUGAGCAAGGUGCUUUGGCUGCCUGUGGAACAGACAGCUGCAGCAAGCUGCAAGAAAUAGGAAUGGAACUACUGACCAAGUCUUCAGUGACCAGUUGUUACAUCAGGAAUUCUGUGAGUAAGAAGAGUAAUUCACCCAAACCUAUUCGCUCUGGAGCAGCAGGGAGUCUGUCUCUACGAAGAGCUAUGGACUGUGGGGAUAAUAAUCUUCGGUUAAAGGGAGAUGGGCAAAGUUGUGAAGGUGGAGUAGGCAGUUCAAAGUCAAGCAGUCGGCAUCACUGCCCCAGGCCCCUGGUUAGCAGUAAUGCUUCUGAGGCACUGCCUAAGCCAGAGGAAAGGCCUUGUGAAGGGUCAGAUUCUGAUGUGGGAGUUUCUGGCUUAAAUGGUUUAGCUGCUGUGGAGAAGACCAGAAAAUCUGGUGCUCUAGGAACAAAUUCUAAAGGAUAUCGCACAGAGGGGACGCAGUCAGGUGGUUUGGAAGACAGCUCUGAAACUGGUGAGCUGCAGGGUGUGCUUCCUGAGGGUGCUUCAGCAGGACCAGAAGAAGGUGGGUCAUGUCAGAAGCAUGUCCUUCAUCUGCUGCCAGGAAUGAGCAGUGACAGUGACAUUGAAUGUGACACAGAAAACGAAGAGCAGGAGGAUGCCAACUCCACGGCGGAGGGGUUUAACCAUGCCUUCUCUGUGCAGUCCUCAAGUGAAGCUUCAGAGCGGUGCUCAGUGUUCCCUGGAGGUGAUCAAAUUGGUUCUGAUGACCGCAGCUUCGUUAAUGGAGAAGACACCACCAGAUAGAGGACUGCGUUGGGGCCUGAAGACUCGCUGGGUCACGUCCUGGGAAGACACACAUUUAUUCACUGGAGCUUAGUCCAAGGCUGUUGUUCAUGGCUGUGUGUGCACUCCAUUCUGUCAUACCAUUGUGUGGUUCACCUGCAGUCAUCUUAAGUCUGUUACUGGGGCAAAAUGACCUUUGAAGGCCUCAUUGUAAAGGCUGCAUUCCUGCUGGCUCUGCCAGCUCCAGCUGCUCUGUAAAGAUGUCCAGAAGGUGCUGGAGCCCUGUUCCAGGAUGUGUUCUGUUGUCACUGGAAUAAUAGCCAAUGUCUGAAUGUCCUUGCUGCAAAGGGUCUGAAUGGAGGGUGUGAGACUGCCGCCUCCCUGCGUGCAGCGGAUGGAGGUGGGCUGAAGUAGUGGGCACAGAGAAGUUGUUUUCCUCAGUCUGUGAUGUGGACCAACCUGAACUCAUUGCCAAACUUUCUGCCGCUGUGCAUUGCAUUUUGAGCUGCUAAACUACUUGUGAAGCUAUGAUGAAAGCUGAAUAACUGGUUAGUGGAAAAGCAUGAGUAACUGUAUCUGAUAGUUUGUCCUCGUCUCAUCUGACUACUGGUGUUCAUUUUUGUAUGAAUGUCCCACAGUGUAAGUGCUGUACAACUCAUAGUUUAAAACUGUUUGCACUUUGUUAAUAAAAUGAAUGUUAAAAUCUG